CUCCCAGGGUGUAGUCCUUCAGCUUUCUCCAGUCAAUGCCCACCCUCCAGGGCGAGAGGAGGUGGCUUAACCCACUCAAGAGAGUGAGGCGGGGGGGGGAAACUUUUCUGCAAACUUUCCUGCAAACUUUCUAGAAAGUUUUUUAGAAAGUUGGGAAACUUGUGCAAAAGGGCGCAAGGUUAAGGGGAAGGAGUGAGUGUGUGAGUGGAGAGAUAGACAGUCUCUCUCUCUCUCUCAUUCUGGGCAGCAGGGGGAUAAAGAGGCUGCAGUUACGGAGUUCCCAGGCCACAGUUAGCACAGCAGGACUCCAAACUGGAGUACACUCUUCUAACUGGGUGUUACCGUCAGAAUAAAAUCCUCCACCUCUCCCUCAGGAGUUCACACACUGCUGCUUCUUCCAUUUGGAGUUGGUUUUAGUUUUGUUUCCUCCCAGCCUGGUUUGCUGCAGUCAAGAUUUUUGUUUGGGGGGAGCAGUCGACAUGGAUAAAUACGAGGAUUUGGGGCUGGAGGCCAGUAAAUUCAUCGAAGACUUGAACAUGUAUGAAGCUUCCAAGGACGGGCUGUUCCGAGUCAACAGGGAGACUUGCAAGCCCGAGUUUGAGGAGACCCGGCGUGUGUUCGCCUUCAAGAUGAACAAGAUCCAUCAGCAGAGGCAGCAGGAGAUGGCGAGGAUGGGGCUGGCCGCUCCUCCCGGCAGGAUGAACGGCGCCUUCCCCAGCCUGCAGCCCCCCGGUGAGUCCGAGCGAGCCGCCCGCCUCCAGAAGCGCUUCAGCGGCGACGGAGCGGCCAAGCCCCCGGUCUCCGGAGCUGCGGGCUCGGCUCCUCCCGAACCUCACCGGCUCACUCGCUACCCUCAGGACCCCAGCCUCAGGACCGGCGCCGAGGGAGAGGACCCGGGCACCAGGCACACGGCGUCCACUCGGCCCGACUACCCCCAGUCUAGCCCCCGGUCCAGUUGGAACCAGUCGGGGGUCUCCAGUCCCAGGUCCAGUGUGAUCACCGGUGAUCCAGUCCCUUACAGCCCCACCAAGGGGGUCCCAGAUCAGACCCACUUGGGUAACCUCAAAUCUGCCCCCAGCCCCAGAUCCAGUCUGAUCUCCAAUGAUCCAGUCCCUUAUAGCCCCACCAAGGGGAUCCCAGAUCAGACCCACAUGGGUAGCCUCAAAUCCAGUCCCAGAUCCAGUGUGAUCUCUGGUGAUUCAAUCCCCUAUAGCCCCACCAAGGGGAUCCCAGAUCAGACCCACAUGGGUAGCCUCAAAUCCAGUCCCAGAUCCAGUGUGAUCUCUGGUGAUCCAAUCCCUUAUAGCCCCUCCAAGGGGAUUCCAGAUCAGACCCACAUGGGUAAUCUCAAAUCUGCCUCCAGCCCCAGAUCUAGUGUGAUCUCCGGUGAUCCAGUGCCUUACAGCCCCUCCAAGGGGAUCCCAGAUCAGACCCACCUGGGUAGCCUCAAAUCCAGUCCCAGAUCCAGUGUGAUCUCUGGUGAUUCAAUCCCCUAUAGCCCCACCAAGGGGAUCCCAGAUCAGACCCACCUGGGUAGCCUCAAACUUGCCCCCAGUCCCAGGUCCAGCCUGUUCCAGCCCAGCCCCGCUGCCCCAGACCGAUCCCAGGAGCAGGAGGAGCCCCCGCAAUGUCUGCUGGAGUCCCGCCCGGCCACUCAGCCCGAAGGGGAUGCUGACCCAAGGGGAGCUGACAGUGGCCGAGGGGGCAGACACCAGGCCAGCCCAGGCCAGAGCCAGCUCUCCCCGUUCCCGCAGGAUCCAGAUUGUCAGCCAGCACCUGGAUUGCCCGAAUCCCGCCAGGAAUCUAACCCCAGGGUCCGCCUGCCCUGUCAGACCCUCCAUGUGCAACCGUCCACUGGACCAUCCAGGGCUGAACUCAAAGUGGAAGCUCUCACCCAGCGUCUCGAGCAGGAGAUGGAUGCGAACCCUAAGGCAGAGUAUUUUGGAACAUGUGUGAAGUGUAGCAAAGCAGUUUAUGGAGCACAUCAGGCAUGUCAAGCCAUGGGGAACCUGUACCAUGACGCCUGUUUCACCUGUAGUGCCUGCAGCCGACGAUUGCGGGGGAAAGCUUUCUACUUUGUCAACGGGAGAGUCUACUGCGAAGAGGACUUUCUGUAUUCUGGUUUUCAGCAAUCCGCUGAUAAGUGCUUUGCCUGUGGCCACUUGAUAAUGGAUAUGAUUCUGCAGGCUUUGGGCAAGUCCUAUCAUCCUGGAUGUUUCCGCUGUAUCAUCUGUAAUGAGUGCCUGGAUGGUGUCCCUUUCACUGUAGAUACUGAAAACAAGAUCUACUGCAUCCGAGACUACCACAAAGUGUUAGCUCCAAAGUGUGCUGCGUGUGGUCAGGCCAUCCUACCAGCAGAGGGCUGCGAUGAAACCAUUCGUGUGGUCUCCAUGGAUAAAGAUUACCACGUGGAGUGCUAUCAUUGUGAAGACUGCGGCAUGGAGCUGAAUGAUGAAGAAGACCACCGUUGCUACCCCCUGGAUGGACACUUGCUCUGUCACAUGUGUCACCUGAAGCACAUCGACAGCAGAACACCUGGCUCCAUCUACCAGCCCAAAUACUAGCCCCUCCUUGAAAUGGGAUCUUAAUGUCCACCAGCCCGGACUGACACUGGAGAUGCAAAAACCACCCCCAACCUUCUCUCCACCCUCACCCGUCACUCUGAGGAGUCUGGGUAAUGAUAGCCUCUCACGUAACCUUCCUCACCCACUGAAGAGGGACAGAGACAAGAAACAGGAGCGCCUUCCAGUGUGUAACAAUCCUUCAAAGGCUCGAUCGUUUACUAAAUUUGAAAAGACUGAUUGGCUGACGGUCCCCCGUGUUACAGUAUUUCCGUGUCACCAAAAUUCAAGUGCCCACUGUCGUACCAAAUUGUUUUGAAGUCAGCUUCACAUGAACAUUCUGAAGGAUUUUCUUUCGUUUAAAAAAAAAUGUUCACACGUCAAAUCAAAUUUGUCACGUGACCGUAUUCUCAGAAUGGGGCGAGGAUCCAUGGCGAAUGGUCGUGUGUGCAGAUGGUGGCACAGUAGGAAUUUUACUGGUCCAGUGAUCCAGAAGCCUGGGCUAAUGCUCCAAGGACACAAGUUCAUAUUCAGCCACGGCAGCUGGUGGAAUUUUUAAAUUGCGUUCAGUAUAUCUGAAAAUGGAAGCUGAUCUCUUUUUAAUUGUCAAUUUGUUGUAAAAACCCCAUCUUGGUUCAUUAACUUCCUGCUAGGAAGUCUGGCCUGGGCCUACGUUUGACUCCAGACUCUCAGCAACAUGGUUGACUCUUACCUGCCUUCUGAAAAGGCCCGAGCAAGUUGCUCAGUUCAAGGGCAAUUAGGGACAGGCAACACACGCUGGCCUAGCCAAUGAUGCCCAAGUCCGAUGGAAGAAUAGAAAAUAUAUCAUGUUGGUGAGGCAUUGUUGUUAAGAAUUUGAAUCUGUUCUGAGGGAAUGCAGUCAUUAUCAGUGUUCUUUGGCAAAGGUUUGUUUUCUAGGUGAAUGUAUUGUGGUCAUAAAAACAGAAUCAAUCCAUCAACUCCCUUGAUCUUGGGUGGAACGUUGUGCUCUUUCUAUGUUCAUCUUUAAAAUUUGGCUUACAAAUCUUCCUCUUCCCCUGGCCUAAACCUUUCCCCAAAACUCUCAGUAAAGUUUUAUGAUUGUAUAUAUUAAUGUAUUGAGUCUGUUAAGAGCAACUCCCAUUGUACCUGAUGUUUUAAAACGAAAUGAUUACAGUCAGUUCUUCUAUAA